UGUGAAUUGCUGCUCCUGCUGCGUACAAGUAGCUCGCGGAACAGUCCGCGCGAAUCAUUCUGUCAAUUGAAGACUCACUCGAGACACAUAUUUUGUGCACGGGAUUGGAGCGAGAGAGGAGAGCCAGCAAACCGGCCAAUUCAUUUUAAAUAAACCAAGCGAUGGCUUUCAGGACGCCUGCUGUUCAACUGCACCUUAAAACGUGCUUUCUUCUGCUUUUAGGGGGUCUGAUGGAAGCUGCCCAAGAGCAAGGAAGCAUGUACAUGUGGAUUGAUGCCAAUCAAGCAAGAAUAUUAAUUGGUUUUGAAGAGGAUAUUUUAAUAGUCUCGGAGGGCAAAAUGGCCCCAUUCACACACGACUUCAGGAAAGCACAGCAGCGAAUGCCAGCAAUACCUGUCAAUAUCCACCACGUGAACUUCACCUGGCAAGCCACUGAUCAGGCAGAGUACUUUUAUGAGUUUCAGACUCUGCGUUCAUUGGAUAAAGACAUUAUGGAUGACCCUACCGUCAACGUUCCUCUCUUAGGAUCAGUGCCACACAAAGCCUCUGUGGUCCAGGUGGGCUUCCCAUGCAGAGGUGACCAGGAUGGUGUGGCAGCAUUUGAGGUGACCAUCCUGGUGAUGGAUGCUGGAGGAAACAUCAUCCUGAGGACGCCACACAAUGCUAUCUUCUUCAAAACAUGUCAGAGAGCAAAGUGCCCUGGUGGUUGCCGCAAUGGAGGCCAAUGCAAUGAAAGGCAGGUCUGCGAGUGUCAGGAUGGGUUUUACGGCAUUCACUGUGAGAAAGCACUCUGUUCGCCAAGAUGUCUGAAUGGUGGCCUGUGUAUGAGCCCAGGUGUGUGUAUAUGUCCUCCAGGCUACUUUGGACCCAGCUGUGAGAGAGCUAACUGCAGCACCACCUGUUUGAAUGGAGGGACGUGUUUCCAUCCUGGCAAAUGCGUCUGUGCCGUUGGCUUUGAAGGGAGCCGCUGUGAGCUCAGUAAAUGUCGACAGCCGUGCAGAAAUGGAGGCAAAUGCACAGGGAGGAACAAAUGCAAGUGCAGCAAAGGCUACCAUGGCGAUCUGUGCUCCAAAGCUGUCUGCGAGCCCAGCUGUGGAGCACACGGGACCUGUGUGGAGCCCAACAGGUGCCAGUGCAGGGACGGCUGGCAUGGACGUCACUGCAAUAAGAGAUUUCGUGGAGGAGUCUCCAACAGCCAGCGGGUCUCUGGUUCCAAGCACAAGUCACAGCCCGUGGCAGCGAGGGACACGAAGGAAGUGCCUGAAUCCAGUCAGCCCUCUGAAACCAACUAUGUGGUUUAAGCCUCCAAAUUUUGGGCCAAUGGCCCCUCCGUUUCAAUAUCGCCUUCUCCGGAACAAAGCUUUUAUCCUCCUCUUCCGAUCCUCAUCGGGACACUCCCAAGCUGGACUGCUGCUUUCUCAGAGCGAGACUUGUUUUUGUAGUACAGUCACAGUGUCUUAUUUUACCACACUAGCGCCUUUGAUAUAAAAUCUCCCACAGUCACCCUUCAUCGAGCUUCUGUCCUGCGUCAACCGAGAGGGGAGUGAGUCACAUGCUUGUGGUGAGCGUCUGUGAUGUUUGCGCCGUUUAGCCUCAGAUGUGGCGCUGAAUCAAUGGGAGAAGUGUACGUUACGAUCUGAGAACUUCCGGGUGCAGAUCCGGCUUUUCUUAGGAAUGUAAUCGCUGUGUCUAGUUUGUGCUCAUGGUUCGUCUGAUUUAGUAAACAUUGUCGUCAUUAUUGCCACUAACAUUCUUUUUCAUGCAAAUCACACUUAUGUAGUAGCUUCUCCAACAAGUACUUGUAUAUGUAUCCUAUUCAUGCUAUGUAAAAUGAAAAUAUAUAGAUAUAUAUUUAGAUAUGGGUAGACAGUCUUUAAGUUUAUGCUUAAAGUUUUCAUACUUAUGUAUAACAAUGCACAUAAGCUGCUUGUGAUGUCAUAAACAAAGCCAAAAAGUCUUAAUUUUUCAUGUGACUUCAUUACAGAAAUAAAACAG